GGUGAUUUCGGUUUGUUGGAGCGACGAGGAGGAGUGGGGAAAAAGUAAGGGGAGGAGGAGGAGCCGUGCUGCGGAAAGGCGCCGGUUCGUGUGGGCUAGUGGUAAUCAUUCGGUUCGGUUUGCGUAGCAUAGAAUUCGACGAGCGGGCUGCUGAUCUGGAGUUCGGAGUUGGUGUGCAGAUUAUGGUUCGGGCAAAUUUGCAGGUGUUCAAGUUUGUGUAGCUGCUGGUAGUAGGAUUGGAUACACUCAUACUAGUGCUGCCCGCUGUGUCCAUUUUAGCUCAAAAGUGUGCAGCAUAUCCCCGCAAAAGAAAAAUGUAUGUAGCAUAUGGCAGUUAUUCAUUUAGGUGGGGAAUUGAUUCUAUUGCUUGAUGGAUGGGGCGAGUGCUGAGUUACGUACCAAAGACAGCUGGGGACAGGUUGAGAUGGAAUUGGCUCAUUCGAGUAGUUUCAAAUUCUUCAAGAUGAGCACCAAGAUCACCAUAACCUACAAGAGGAAGCAUGGUCUGUCGCACGCCCUGACAGUUGAUAGUGUGAUUCCUGAUCCUCCUCCUGCUUCUAGCAGUGUGGUUACCAGCAGUGAAGCCCCAAAGCACAGGGCGGAUGCCGAUGACAGCAUGUUAAAUGAAGAUGAUUCCGCUACAUCAAUCAAGAACCAGGAUGCCUGCAAGUCAGUGCAACAAAGUGUCAAAGAAAAUACACCCAAGGCAUUUGUGCAUGGAUCAGAGAAAGAACAAGCUAGAUUUCUGUUAUCUGAAUCAUUGCCAUGGAUUCAGCAACCUGAGAUUAGUUGUGCCACCAGCCUCCAAAUAAGAGAGGCAUGUCAGAAUAAAUUACAGUGCACCAAUGAUGCAGAUGAUCCAAUUCUUGCUUCCAGUUCUUUGUGUGAUCUCAGACAAGACGGCGGCACAUCUAGUCAAGCAGAAGAUUCUACCAAUCCUGCUGGAGUAAAUUUUCAUCAAGGGCUGAAAGAUACUGCAAGACCUAGUCAAUGUAAGAGCAGAUUUAGUCCUCUGCUCACCUUCCAUAGGCGUGUUAAAAGGAAAAUUAAUUUGGACGAACCAGCAGAGGAAAUUUAUUCAAAAGAUAUUGGCAAACAGUGCUUAACACUGACAUGCAGCCCAGCAAGUUCGUCCUUUAAUGCUGCGGCCUUGCACAAAGAAACUUGUGGCAACUCUUUGGAUACUGGAGAGACGGUAACUGCAGCAGAAACUAGUACUGGACUAACUGUUCCAGCUGAACAAAAAAGUUCGCAUGUAUUAAAGUCUACGCUACAGCAUACGGUUCUCCCACAGUGUGCUGAAAAUGUAAACCAAUGCUUAAUUCCAGAACGUGAUGGUACACAAGUGUCUGAGUUCACUAGUGUACGAGAUAUCAGUGAGACAGAUGUGAGAAUGGAGGACUCAAGCAAAAUCCCAUCACAUGUUAUUAAAGCACCCGAAGUUGUCGAAGUGAAGGAGAACAGACAUGAUGAUCCAUUGGAAUCUGAGGACUCGACAAAACAUAUUCCAAUAAUUCUUUUGGAUGGUGAUACUGAUGAGAGGGGUAAAGAGCAGGAAAAUCCAGAGGUUCUUGAUCAAAUGGUCAACAAAAGCAGAUUUACUUUAGGGAAGAUCAACCUGAAUUGUGCUGAAUUACCUCAAGAAAGGCUUCUUAAUUUGGAUGACUUGUCAGUGCAAAGGCUCCCAGAUCAGGAUCAUUUUGGUACUGAACGAAAACAAGUCUCUCUACCAAUUGAAAGGUUGUUUUUUACAAAGGAGAAAGAUAGCAUCCAUGGUAAACAACAACAUCAAGAAGGAACCUCAACCAUGCCUACUCUCUACUCAAAUUUCUUUGAUCCUACUCCGUCAUUGAAUGUUGGGAGUUUGAAGGAACCAAGCAGCAUGCCUUCAGAACUUAAAUUCAGAAUAAUGGAUAAGGUUCCUGAGUUCAGUUUAGACCUUAGUUUGGAUAGUUUUGGGGACAGUAAUGUGUCUGCCCUGAGGCACGAUAAGUUGUUUCGUGGAGGCAACUCCAGUGGAUCUGAUUUACUGACAGAAAGACUCGGUACAUACUCCUACAAAAGGCGCCCAGCUCCCUGGUCAGAAGAAGAAUUAGAUUUUCUAUGGAUUGGAGUUAGGAGGUAUGGAAUCAAUAACUGGAAAGCAAUGCUGAGGGAUACACGGCUGCGGUUCUCAAACUCAAGAAUAGCAGAGGAUCUUGCUAAGCAAUGGGAUAAGGAGCAAAAGAAGCUUCUGGGUGUAGAUAUCUUUCAAUCAGUUAGAGCAUCUGCUCUAGGUCCUGCACCAUCUCCACAUAUAUCUGACGAUUAUGUCGGAAGCAGUUCAUGCUCUGGAUGUUCAAAGUCUCCAUUUCUUGCAGCCCAAACUAAGCUUUCCUUGAGUGAUUUGUACCUUCGGAAUUCUCAUGCUUCGGAAAGAGGCCAUCAUCACUUAUCAAGCCUGGGCAGAUUAAACCUUCAUGGAGUUGACAAGGGGCCGAGAAAUUUGUCUCUGGGAGGCUUCCCUACGGCUUCUUCCUCAUAUGGAAGAAGUAGCAGCAGGCGCAGAAAGUCGUCCAAAUUUCACAAGUCAUACUAUGACAGCAGAACACAUCGGUGCCAAGAAGCACCGGAAAGGGUGUCUCGGCUCUUUCCAAUGAACCAACAACUAAUCAACGGCCUUCCACAGUGGCUUACGAAGGAUGUCGAGACCGGUACAAGCCGGCUUAACCCAGGGAUGUGGCCAAGCAUGCCGGCGCCAGGUCAUUCCGCAGCAGAUCCACAUAAUGAUAGUCUGAGAGCUGCUUGCAUGUUCCCUGAUGACACGAAACCAUAUUUUAAAAGUUGGGCUGCUGCUAUUGCAGGGCCGAAUAGCAUCACCGCGAGCGACAAUGGUGCGUCUUCUGAAGAAACCGUAUCAGACAGCUGAGUCCCAGUGUCUACAGCAAGCAGAGCUGAAGCUGCAGACGAACGACACCCAACCCCAGGAUUUCACGGUGCCGAAAACCAUGCUCUUGCCUGCCACAAGGAUUAGCACUCAAUUGAUCUGUAAUAGUGCUAGUUCGUUUAGUUACUCUGAACUUACAAGCUAGCUGAGACAGUGUAUGGUUCUGCUGAUGUACUUGUGCUAAUGAGUGAUCCUUCUGAUUUGGAGAAUUUGGCAGCUCCGCAAUGAUGUACUCUCUCCGUUCAACAAAAGAUGUCUCAAGUUUGUUAAAAUUUAGAUGCAUUUAGACAUGACAUAGUGUAUAGAUGCAUUCAAAUUUAGUCAAAAUUGAGACAUCGUUUGUUGGACGUAGGAAGUAACACAUUUUGUUUUGAUAAGAAACAAGGAUGUAGCACUUCUAUUGA